UUGACCGGAGGCCAGGCCAUCACCGAGUCCCUGAAGGCCCAGGGCGUUGACACCGUAUUCGGCAUCAUCAGCAUACAUAAUCUCGACCUGUUCGACGCCCUGUAUGACCAGCAGGACAGCCUCCGGUUCAUUGGCGGGCGCCUGGAGCUGGGCGUCGGAUUCAUGGCCGACGGCUACGCCCGCGCCACCGGCAAGCCCGGUGUGCUCAUCACCAGCACCGGCCCCGGCGCCGCCGACUCCAUCGGAGCCAUGGGUGAGGCCUACUUCUCCGGUUCUCCCCUGCUGCAGGUGACCACCAACGUCGAGAGCGAAUUCCUCGGGCAGGGCCGCAACGCCACCCACGAGACCAAGGACCAGCUGCGCAUGUUCGAGGCCGUCACCGACUGGAACGCCAUGAUCGGCGAGAUCGAGUCCAUCCCCGACAACCUGAUGGAGGCUUUCCACCGUUUCCAGAACCGUCGCCCCCGUCCCAUCGAGCUGGAGCUCCCCACCGACCUGCUGGGCACCGCGCCGACGUGGAGAUCCUCGGCCAGGCGUCCGGCCAUCGUGGUUGGCGAGGAAGUGCAGAUGCUCGGCGGCACCAGCGAGAUCGUGCGGCUCGCGGAAGCCCUGGGAGCGCCCGUGGUGACGUCGGACGGCGCUAAGGGUGCGUUCCCCGAGGACCAUCCGCUGUCGCUGGGGCAGAUGCUCGGCCGCCGCAUCUGGGGCGAAAACCCCGUGCAGGAAUGGCUGUCCACCUGCGACGCGGUUGUCAUCCUCGGCUCGAUAAUGCCCCAUCGCUCCACCACCGGAGUCCAGCUCAAGCUGCCGGAGACCGUGGUCCACGUGCUGCUGGACGGCGACUCCAUCGGCAAGAACUACGACGCCACCGUUCCCAUCGUGGCCAACUCCCAGGCUGUGGCGCAGCAGUGGCUCGACGCUAUAGGCGGCAGCGACGUGAGCAAGGGCCAGUCGUACGCCGACGAGAUCGCGUCAGUCAAGAAGGACAUUCACAGCAACCUGCAGGAGACCUGGGGCAACGAGCUUCGUGCGUUCGAAGCAGUGCGGGAGGCCACGCCGCGCGACACCAUCUUUUCUCUGGACCCCACGGUGCCCGCCAGUAGGGCGGCCCGGUGCCUGCCCAUCUACGGUCCGCGACAGUACAUGCAUCCCCACGGCUGGGCCGGACUUGGGUUCUCGUUCCCUGCGGGCCUCGGCGCCAAGGUCGGCAAGCCCGACAGCCCGGUGGUCUGCAUAACCGGCGACGGCGGGUUCCAGUACAACUUCCAGGAGCUGGCCACCGCUGCCCAGUACAACAUCCACCCGGUCAUCCUGAUGUUCAACGACAACGCCUGGGGCGUCCUGAAGAAGUACCAGAAGGACCGCUUCGGCGACCGGCAGUUCGCCACCGACCUCGUCAACCCCGACUUCGGAAAGCUCUUCGACUCCUACGGAUUCGGCGCCACGCGCGUCUCCACCGUAGCCGAACUGGGCCCCGCCCUCGACUCCGCCAUAUCCUCCGGCAAGACCCACCUCGUCGAGGUCGCCAUACCCGAUGGAUUCGGCGCCUUGGUGUAG